UCCCGGACGAGCCCCGGCUCCGGCGGGAUCCGGCACGGCGAGCAUCACCCCACCCGCAGCGGGGACGGAGGGCACGGAGAGCCGCGGGCCAUGGCAGGAAAAGCCCACAGGCUGAGCACGGAGGAGAGGGAGCAGCUGCUGCCAAACCUGCGAGCUGUGGGGUGGAACGAGGUGGAAGGCAGAGAUGCCAUCUUCAAAGAGUUCCACUUCAAGGACUUCAACCGGGCCUUUGGCUUCAUGACCAGAGUGGCUCUACAGGCAGAAAAACUGGAUCACCAUCCCGAAUGGUUCAAUGUGUACAAUAAGGUUCACAUCACCUUGAGCACCCACGACUGCGGAGGUUUAUCGGAGCGAGACAUCAACCUGGCCAGCUUCAUCGAGCAGGUGGCAGCUUCCCUCUCCUGACCAGGGAUCCACGCAGCCAAAAACCCUCUGUGCCGCCGAGUCCUGCCUAGAUGGCUGCACCCAAAAAGCAUUUUCCCACUUCCAAGCUAGAUCCUGGAUCCAGACAGCCCAGCACCUCGCCAGCCUCCCCAGCGCAGCUCAGAUGGAUGGAGGCACUUCUCAAGGUGCACGUAUCCAUCUCCAAUCUUGCAAAUUCCAUCUUUAAACCCUUUCUUAGCCAUGUGAUCCCACACCCACGUGCUGAGCCUCUUACCAGAAGUCAGUCAUAUCAUAAGAGUCAUGGGAUGGUUUGGGUUGGAAGGGAUCCUUAAAGAUCACCUCUCCUUCCACCCCCUGCCAUGGGCAGGGACA